CACAUUAACCACGCUAAUUGGCUUUGUCUUUCGCUGUUGACCCGCGAAGGUCACAUCACAUCUCAUCACAUCUCGGUCUCCAUCGAGAGUAAACCACGUCAUACACUCAGACCCCUUGCAGUCUUUGUCCGUAUCUUCACUAGGGCGAUGCCGAAAUAUAAGCUUUCGUACUUUCCACUUAGAGGAAGAGCCGAAGCCAUCAGAAUAACUUUCGCGGUGGCUGGAGUUGAGUUCGAUGACAUCCUAGUAAAUCCGGAAGAGUGGUUUACAAAGCUGAAACACUGUGAGUAUAAUAAGAGUUACGUGGCGUUCUCUACGCCGAUGUAAAAAUGUAGCGAAUAUAAGAUGCAAAAUGUUUGGUGCGAGGUUUAUCGUCCUCGUCACACAAUAUGAGCAGUGGGAUGGACUGCGCAGAAAAUAUUUGUGCGUGCUUCGCUCGAGAAUUAUCUCAAAUCUUAAUGUAUAACCUCAGGAGAUGUUGAUGUAGUCAAAUCUGUCAACUUGUGCAAAUCAUAACCAGUUGGGUCGCGUUUACAAACAUUUACAGUCAAUUUCUGUCACAAAAGAAAUGCCACUUUUACUCAAACAACGCUUUCACAAUCUCUUUAACCGAGAAAUAGAUGGUUUCUGACUGCUGAACGGGUAUUUCUCGCCAAAGGACUUUGAUCGAAAUCGCUGUACUACGAAAAAAAUUUAAGUGUCAGAUUGCUUUUGAAUGAUUACACUUUUAAUCGCAGCAGUUUUGUGUCAUCAAUUGUUUGUUUUGGACGUCAUUUAGAAACAAUCAAUCCAGUUGCCAUUAUUUCAAUUGUCAAACAAAACGAAUCGUUAGUGCAAAGAAAUAUGCGAUUUGAGUGCCUGAUAGGAGAGCCUUUGUGCUGCUCCCGAGGGAGGGGUGAGGAGGAAGGAUUGGUUAAUCUAGGUCUCAAAUGUACCACGGGAAAUGGAAUGGAGGUGGGGUUUCGUUGUAAGGAGACCCAAACCAAAAGGUAAUGAAAGGUCUCUUUGUUUUGUUAUUUUGUCAGCUGGAUUAAGCCCCUCUGGACAGCUACCAAUCCUCGAGGUCGAUGGCACAGUCCUUACACAAUCCAAGGCUAUUUUAAGCUAUUUGGCUAAGGAAUUCAGUAAGUCACGAUCAUCUCUUAUUUUUAAUAAACAUACUUAUCAACUCUUGUUUAAUAGAAGAUUGUUAAAUGAACAUUCCAACCCAUUCCCGCUCCGUAAUGAAAUUAUCCCCAAUUCUUGUGACGACUGGGUGACGAACCAAGAGAACGACAGCGCUUGCAUAAAAGCUACGGUUUAGCGAUGAAUAAUAAGUUGAAAGAUGUUGUCUAUGAAACUCUCACGAAAACGUACGCCAACCACUCAACUUCAGGAAAAACUUGGAUUCUUCUCUGUACCACUUUGAUAUGAAUGAAAAUGUCAUUUAGAAAUAGAUUUGAUCUUGCCAUGUUACAGUCCAUUCACCCAGUAACCUGCUAAAACAUUCCAGCUACUUGCCCGUUUUUUUCGUUUUGGUUGUUUUUAUUCUAUGUAAUCAAACAUUUUCCCUAAACAUUUUCCCUUUCCUGUCGAAUGUUUAUGCAAACGCGAACUGCAUUUAACUUUCAGAUCUUGCUCCAAAAGGCAAUCUUCAGCAGGCUCAGGCAGAUUCUUUGGCUCACGUGGUCAACGAAUUAGAGACCACACUAACAGAGGCGUAUGGGGAGAAAGACCCCGAAAGAAAGGUUUGAUGAUCCCGUUGUUGACUUCCGGGACGAACGAACGAGCGAGCGUUGAAGUCCCACCUAUCUUAGCUUUCAUGGAGGUAGGGUCUGAAGACAAACUAAUUUGCGGUUUGCGAAACCUAAUUUUCUUCUUCGUAUAUGAAUCAGGAAAAAGGUAUGAAGACCGCCACCGAAGAAGUGAUUCCAGAUAAAUGUGGAUACUUUGAAAAGAUCUUGUCAGCUAAUAAAAAUGGAUUCUUCAUUGGUGAAAAGGUAGGCCGACAAGUGUGGCCUGAGGGCAGGCCUUCGAUAUAUUAGCGUAUCUGGAUGCGUGUUUCUCCGCCCGCGAGAAAAUUUGAGACACGAGUCGGUGAGAAGUUUGCCGGAGACCUGGCACUGAUAAUCAGCCCCACAACUCCUACAGACCUCGCGCCCGCUCGCGCUGCUCGACUUCAUGCUUUUCCCGCGGGAAGAAUGGCUCAUCCAGAAUCGCUCAUAAUAAGACCCUGCCAGUAGCCUAGCCAAAAAGAGGCGUGAUUUCGCAACAUUGACGUUCUACAAUGAUCAUCAAAUCAAGUCAUUAGAUUCACCCCAGACACCAAAAAAAUUUGUCACAAUUUUUUUUAAUCAGAAACUAUCCUGGCAACUGCCCUGUUUAUCAUUUCACAGUAUGAGGCGAGUCAGCGGUGACAAGUAUGACGAAAACAACAUCAACAGAUGUAAUUUAAAUUCUUUACUUUAAUGCGCAUAGGUCCUCAUUUUUAGCGCUACAGGAUGCGUGCUUCUCUACCUGCAAGAAGACUUGAGACGAGUCAGGCAGAGAUUUGCGUGGGGUCUGGCACUAACAUCCCUACACCCCUUACCAGACCUCUCGCCGGCCUGCGUUGCCUUAAGACGUCGUACUUAACUGCAGGCCAAGAAAAGCUUAUGGCGAAGCGUUUAUGCAAAUAAUGAUAUUAAUGAUAGAAACAAAAACAAUGAGUGACCAAUUAAGGCGGUUUAAGAAGCAGUGACGAUAUACCCGAUAUACAUGAUAAUGAUGACGAUUACAAUGUCAUCGUCGACAGCGGUCUUGCUGGCAAUAAUGGAGUGAGUGAUGUUUUCAAUAACUAACAUCAACGUGUUGUUUUUCUACAGUUGACUUAUGCCGAUAUCGUGGUCUUCACCUUUUUAAACAGUUAUUUCAUGAAGGGAAAAGCUGAAGGAAUUCCCGAGGGUUUGAAAAAGUUUCCCUCUUUGUCGGCUUGGUACGAACGUGUCCGAACGCAGCCGAAGAUUUUGGAGAAGUUGAAGAAUCCGACAGACGGAUUCGUGGAUUACAUCUAUUGA